AUGGUGCGUCUUGUUGACGCAGGGCCUUCACAGUAUGUCGCCGAGUCCGAAACCUACAAGUAUAUCAGGCCUAUGCCGAAGUGCUCCCUGGACUCGCUUGUAGGGCAUGCCACCCGCGGGUGUCCUGUCUAUGAUCUACAGCAGCGCAAGGUGGUGUACCUCAAAGAUACAUGGCGGAUUUUUGCAGAAGAUCUCGAGAAGGAGGGUGACAUACUAGCUUCCCUGCGCACACACAAUGCGUCAUAUAUCCCCACUGUGGAGCGGCACGGUGAUGUACUCGACCAUGCGAUGAAGACCCAGGCGCUAGUGUAUGAACCUUGGAAUCAUGCGGCCCAGCUUUUGGUGGCAAUACAGACAGGACAUCUACACUACCGGUUGGUCUUGCGCGAGGUCGCACGGGACCUCACGUCGUUCACGAACACCAAUGAGCUUUGUGGCGGUGAUCGCCGAUGCGGUUGA